AAUAUAUAUGUAUACUGUAGGUCAGACUAUACUAAUUCUAAUCCUUCCUUUAGAUAUCUAACGGGCGGUGACUGCAUUACCUGCGAAGGCCGAGAUGAUACCGCUGAAUUUUCCGACAUACGUUCAGCGAUGAAAGUUUUACUCUUUACCGAUCAAGAAAUUUGGGAAAUUAUUAAGCUGUUAGCUGCCCUUCUACAUUGUGGCAACAUUAAAUAUAAAGCCACAGUGGUGGACAAUUUAGAUGCUACCGAAAUACCCGAACAUAUAAAUGUAGAGCGUGUUGCAGCUCUUCUAGGUCUACCAAUGCAACCUUUAAUGGAUGCUCUUACCAGACGUACCCUAUUUGCUCAUGGGGAGACAGUGGUUUCAACACUCUCUCGCGAUCAGUCGGUAGAUGUGCGUGAUGCUUUUGUCAAGGGCAUAUAUGGUCGUUUGUUUGUGCAUAUAGUGCGCAAGAUAAAUACGGCCAUUUAUAAACCGCGCGCCACUUCGCGUAAUGCAAUUGGUGUUUUGGAUAUAUUUGGUUUUGAAAAUUUCGAUCAGAAUAGUUUUGAACAAUUCUGCAUUAACUAUGCCAAUGAGAACUUGCAACAGUUCUUUGUACAGCACAUUUUCAAGCUGGAGCAGGAGGAAUACAAUCAUGAGGGCAUUAAUUGGCAGCAUAUAGAGUUUGUGGAUAAUCAAGAUGCCUUGGAUUUGAUAGCCAUUAAACAGUUGAAUAUUAUGGCUUUAAUAGAUGAAGAGGCUCGUUUCCCCAAGGGCACAGAUCACACUAUGCUGGCUAAAUUGCACAAAACCCAUGGUACCCAUAAGAACUAUUUGAAACCUAAAUCGGAUAUUAAUACCAGUUUCGGUUUGAAUCAUUUUGCUGGCGUGGUGUUUUAUGAUACUAGUGGUUUUUUGGACAAGAAUCGUGAUACUUUCAGUCCCGAUUUACUACAUCUAGUUAGUCAAAGUAGUAAUAAGUUUUUGAGACAAAUAUUUAGCCAGGAUAUAGAAAUGGGCGCGGAGACCCGCAAGCGUACACCCACCUUAUCGACGCAGUUUAAGAAAAGUUUAGACGCUUUAAUGAAGACAUUGUGCUCCUGCCAGCCUUUCUUUAUACGUUGCAUUAAGCCCAAUGAGGUCAAGAAACCCAUGAUGUUUGAUCGGGGUUUAUGCUGUCGCCAGCUCCGUUAUUCGGGCAUGAUGGAAACUAUACGUAUAAGAAGAGCAGGUUAUCCCAUACGCCAUGGUUUUAGAGAUUUUGUAGAACGUUAUAGAUUUUUAAUACCGGGGGUACCGCCGGCUCAUAGAACCGAUUGUCGUUUGGCUACGUCGCGCAUAUGUGCCGCCGUUUUGGGUAAAUCCGAUUAUCAAUUGGGUCACACCAAAGUUUUCCUUAAAGAUGCUCACGAUUUGUUUUUGGAACAGGAACGUGAUCGUGUUUUAACACGUAAAAUAUUGAUAUUACAACGCACUAUUAGAGGUUGGGUUUAUCGCAGACGUUUCCUGCGCAUGCGUGCCGCAGCCAUAACCGUGCAACGCUAUUGGAAGGGUUAUGCCCAGCGUAAACGUUAUGAGAAAAUGCGUGUGGGCUAUAUGCGUUUACAGGCUUUGAUCCGUUCCAGAGUUUUGUCGCAUCGUUUCCGUCACCUAAGAGGCCAUAUAGUGGGCUUGCAGGCUCACGCUCGCGGCUAUUUGGUGCGUCGUGAAUAUGGCCAUAAAAUGUGGGCCAUAAUUAAGAUUCAAUCGCAUGUCAGAAGAAUGAUAGCUAUGCGCAAGUAUAACAAACUAAGGGAGGAAUAUAAAAAGUUUGCCGAGGUUUUGCAUUUGCGCAAACUGGAAGAGCAAGAACUCAUGCAUAAGGGCAAUAAACAUGCGCGCGAGAUAGCGGAGCAACACUACCGAGAUCGUUUGCAUGAAAUGGAGCGUAGAGAAAUGGAACAGGAGAUUGAGGAGAGAAGAAGAGUGGAAGUUAAGAAGAAUUUGAUUAAUGAUGCUGCACGCAAACAGGAUGAACCGGUAGAUGAUGGCAAACUGGUGGAGGCCAUGUUUGAUUUUCUACCCGAUUCCAGUAGUGAGGCCCCAACACCGCAUGGUGGCCGAGAAACCUCGGUGUUUAAUGAUUUGCCUCAUGGCCAGCAUGUCAAUCAAGAGGAUUGUAUUGGACCCAUGCAUAUUUCCGAAGAUGAGGAAGAUUUAUCUGAAUUCAAAUUCCAAAAGUUCGCUGCCACUUAUUUCCAAGGCAAUGUUAAUCAUCAAUACUCCAAGAAGGCUUUGAAACAUCCUUUACUACCUUUGCAUACGCAAGGUGAUCAAUUAGCGGCUCAAGCUUUAUGGAUUACUAUUUUGAGGUUUACUGGAGAUAUGCCGGAACCCAAAUAUCAUACCAUGGAUCGCAUGGAUACCACUUCGGUAAUGUCUAAAGUUACCGCUACUUUGGGCAGAAACUUUAUCAGAAGCAAGGAAUUCCAAGAAGCUCAACUUAUGGGUUUGGACCCAGAAGCUUUUCUCAAGCAAAAACCCCGUUCCAUAAGACACAAACUGGUUUCAUUGACGUUAAAACGCAAAAACAAAUUGGGUGAAGAUGUUAGAAGACGUCUACAGGAUGAAGAGUACACAGCCGAUAGUUAUCAAUCCUGGCUGCAAUCGCGUCCUACUUCAAAUCUCGAAAAGUUGCAUUUCAUUAUAGGCCAUGGCAUUUUAAGGGCUGAACUAAGAGAUGAAAUUUAUUGUCAGAUCUGCAAACAAUUAACCAAUAAUCCUUUGAAAUCCUCACACGCUAGAGGCUGGAUUUUGCUGUCGUUGUGUGUGGGUUGUUUUGCUCCCUCGGAGAAAUUUGUUAAUUAUCUAAGGGCCUUUAUAAGGGAGGGACCACCCGGUUAUGCACCGUACUGUGAGGAACGUCUGAAGAGAACCUUUAAUAAUGGCACCCGAAAUCAGCCUCCUUCGUGGUUGGAACUGCAGGCCACCAAAUCGAAAAAACCCAUUAUGUUGCCCAUAACAUUUAUGGAUGGCAAUACCAAGACUUUGCUGGCCGAUUCGGCCACCACCGCUAGAGAAUUGUGCAAUCAAUUGUCGGAUAAAAUUACCCUUAAAGAUCAGUUUGGUUUCUCUCUUUAUAUAGCCCUGUUCGAUAAGGUUUCUUCUUUGGGCAGUGGUGGUGAUCAUGUUAUGGAUGCCAUUUCUCAGUGUGAACAAUAUGCCAAGGAACAGGGUGCCCAAGAGCGUAAUGCUCCCUGGCGUUUGUUCUUCCGUAAGGAGAUAUUUGCUCCCUGGCACGAUCCCACCUUUGAUCAAGUCGCCACGAAUCUCAUAUAUCAGCAAGUGGUUAGAGGUGUCAAAUUCGGCGAAUAUCGCUGUGACAAGGAAGAAGAUUUGGCCAUGAUAGCGGCCCAACAGUAUUUCAUCGAAUAUGGCACCGAUAUGUCCAUGGAAAGACUGUUUACUUUGCUGCCCAAUUUCAUACCCGAUUUUUGUCUCACCGGCAUCGAUAAGGCCAUAGAACGUUGGGCCGCUUUAGUUUUGCAGGCCUAUAAGAAGUCAUAUUAUGUUAAGGAGAAAAUAGCAUCUCUAAAAAUCAAGGAGGAUAUAGUCAGUUAUGCCAAGUAUAAAUGGCCUCUACUAUUUUCAAGAUUCUACGAGGCCUACCGUAAUUCUGGUCCUAAUCUGCCCAAAAAUGAUGUUAUUAUUGCAGUCAACUGGACGGGUGUUUACGUGGUCGAUGAUCAGGAACAGGUGUUAUUGGAAUUAAGUUUUCCAGAAAUUACCGCUGUAUCCAGUCAAAAAACUAAUAAAGUUUUUACACAAACAUUUAGUUUAUCCACUGUAAGGGGUGAAGAGUUCACAUUCCAAAGUCCCAAUGCUGAGGAUAUAAGAGAUUUGGUGGUUUACUUUUUGGAUGGUUUAAAGAAAAGAUCCAAAUUUGUUAUUGCUAUACAAGACUAUCGUGCUCCCUCGGAUGGUUCCAGUUUUUUGUCUUUCUUUAAGGGUGACUUAAUUAUUCUAGAGGAUGAAAGUUGUGGUGAGAAUGUUUUGAACAAUGGCUGGUGUAUAGGCCGUUGUGAACGUUCCCAGGAACGGGGAGACUUCCCUGCCGAAACUGUUUAUGUUUUACCUACACUUUCGAAACCACCCCAAGACAUUUUGGCUUUGUUUAACAUCGAGGAAGCUCAUCAUGGAAGACGUUUAAGUAUGGUGUCAAAUGGUGUCACCGAAACUCGAGACAGACCUCAUACUUUAGUGGAAUAUGCCAUGGAUCAUUUCCGUUUGCCACCCAAGAGAACGGUAUCCAAAACUCUUACCUUAAGUUCGAAACGUUCGGAGGAGAUAUGGCGUUAUUCGAGGGAUCCUAUUAAGGCGCCUCUAUUAAGGAAACUGCAGUCUAAAGAGGAAUUAGCGGAAGAGGCUUGUUUUGCUUUUGCCGCUAUUUUGAAAUACAUGGGAGAUUUACCCUCCAAACGGCCUCGAAUGGGUAAUGAAAUUACCGAUCAUAUAUUCGAUGGUCCGCUCAAACAUGAAAUCCUAAGAGAUGAAAUCUAUUGUCAAAUUAUGAAGCAAUUAACCGAUAAUCGCAAUCGCAUUUCUGAGGAACGAGGCUGGGAACUAAUGUGGUUGGCUACCGGUCUCUUUGCAUGUUCACAGGGUUUACUGAAGGAAUUAACACUGUUCCUAAGAACACGUCGACAUCCUAUAUCACAAGAUUCCCUACAUCGUCUGCAGAAAACCAUACGCAAUGGCCAACGUAAAUAUCCUCCUCAUCAGGUCGAAGUUGAGGCAAUACAACACAAAACAACACAAAUAUUCCAUAAGGUCUAUUUCCCCGACGAUACCGAUGAGGCUUUUGAGGUGGACUCCUCUACCCGGGCCAAAGAUUUUUGCCACAAUAUCUCACAACGUUUGUCGCUACGCACCAGUGAGGGUUUUUCACUAUUCGUUAAAAUUGCCGAUAAAGUCAUAUCCGUACCGGAGGGUGAUUUCUUCUUUGACUUUGUAAGACAUUUAACGGAUUGGAUUAAAAAGGCCAGACCCAUACGUGAUGGCACAAAUCCUCAAUUUACCUAUCAAGUUUUCUUUAUGAAAAAAUUGUGGACAAAUACUGUACCCGGCAAGGAUCGUAAUGCCGAUUUGAUAUUCCACUAUCAUCAGGAGCUGCCAAAACUAUUAAGGGGUUACCAUAAGUGUUCGCGUGAAGAGGCUGCCAAAUUGGCGGCUCUAGUAUAUCGUGUACGUUAUGGUGAUAAUAAACAAGAAUUGCAGGCCAUACCACAAAUGCUGCGUGAAUUGAUACCCUCCGAUUUAAUGAAGAUGCAAAGUACUAGUGAAUGGAAACGAGCCAUAGUUGCUUCCUAUAAUCAAGAUUCCGGCAUGAGUUCAGAAGAUGCUAAAGUCGCUUUUCUUAAAAUUGUUUAUAGGUAA